UCUUUAUUCACCCAAACUCAAAGAUAUGGAGUCCCAUAAGUUUACCAUUGGAAUCCUCAAAGAAGUCGAUGCUUACUGUGAGUCAAGAGCUGCGUUCACUCCAGCCUUUGUCUCAGAGCUUACAUCAGCAGGAGCAAGGGUUCUUGUUGAGAAAAGCGAUGUCAGAUGAUUUGAAGACGCAGACUACCAUAAACAUGGUGCCAUCCUCGUUGAUAAAAUCGAAGAAGCUGGGUCUAAAGCUCUUCUACUUGGAAUCAAGCCAAUCUACCCUCAGAACGUGAUCCCUGAUACCAACUACAUGUUCUACUCAAGGAUCGCCAACAAUUUGGAGGCCACCAUUCCUCUUCGUAACUCAUUGCUUGAAGCCAACUGAAGCUUCAUCGACUAUGAGGUGGUCAAAGACUCGCAAGGAAACGCCCUCAUCGGCACUUCGCGUUUGGCCGGCAGAGUUGGAGCUUUCAACACCAUUCGGGCUCUUGGAGAGUUCAUGUUGACCAAAGGGUGUCGCAAGACUACUCCUGAAGGAGUCACAAGAAAGGCAAGAUUUUGUCUAAGUCUGUAGCAAAUC